UGCCCCAUAAAUCCACACAUGGACUACUACUGUACUCACUUUUGUCCAUUUGAACAUAAAUCAGACACCUUAAAGGUGACAUAUUAUGCUCAUUUCUGCUUCCUGACAUGGUUCCCUGAUGUCUAAAUGGAAUGUUAGUAACAUGCUUUGGUGGAAAAAGCUUAAGGAUUGAGCACGGCAAGGUUCUUGAAACACCAGUUUCACAGCCCUGCUCCAGGUGGCCGGUUUCAGUGCCUCUCCCUUUAAAUGCUAAUGAGCUACUACGUGCACCGCCCAAAGAUGUAUUUGCGCCGCCCACCUCUCCCUGCCUGCGGAAGACAUGAGGGUGGCAUUGUGUGACCAUGGCAAUGGCUGAGUUACCGAAAGAAAUGGCCGCCGGACAACAAACUGCGGUGCAACCGUACAUGUUCGAGCCGGAGUCCGACCCAGAACAACAAGAGGCUCCAGAAGAAGUUCAGCAGCCAAGAAUGAACAUGGAUGUUUCUCAGUGGUGUUCCUGUGGCAGUUGUGAACAAGUGCCUACAGAGCCCGAGAAUAUCUGCUGUAUUGAAAUACCACAGGUUACACGAAGACUAAGUUACAGCAGCUUCCUGAGCAACCAUCAUGCAUGGUGGACCACCAUGCAUGGCCUAGAACCUGUCUGCCUGAAUGUGUUUUCACUGCAGAAUGCACUUAACAUUUAUCGGGCAGACUACGGACCUUUACGUCUGAGGGGAAUAGUGCACCAGUAUAGAUACCUAGCCUGCAGAAGCUUUGUAAGCUGGUGCUGGUGCUUUCUGGGGCGAAGAGUGAGAGCUGUGCUGCCUGCCUGUGUGGUGCUGAGGAUUCAUGCAGAGUUCCCUGAUGCUGAAAUACAGUAUGUUAGGUUCAGUCCUGUCCUUGAUUGAACCUUGGCAUGUAACUGGCUAUAACGCUCAGCUUGCUGGGUCUUUCAUACUGAGCCGAGAGGUCUUCAGGGAUUGUAAGUUUCAGCACCUCAUUCACGUAUGGGCCAGGGUCCUGGAAAACCUUCUUGAAGAUCAGGUCCAACAGUGCAUCAACGUAGUCUGCAGUGCAAUAAACAAAAAUUAAUGUUUACAAGAAAAUGCACUAGAACCAAAAAGCCUUGUGCUGCAGUGUUGUCAAGGGUCUCUUCGCAUUUCUCCUAAUUUAUACGUUCUCCUUAUUUAUUAUUUUGAAAACCAUCAAAAAAAUAAUUCAGAUUGUAUUUGCGUUUAUUUUCAACAGUUUGUGUUAUUGCCUGUGUAUCCAUCUUUAUUUUUUAUUCCUGGGGUUCAAAUAAAA